CUGCAGGCCUUCUGCUCUCUGCUGCAGAGAGAGGCUGCGUGACGUCAGCGAAGGCUGGAACGGUUCCUUGGUUGAAGCGGAAAAAAAAUGGGGAGAAGAUUGCGAGGACCUCAGGCAGGGGAACAAUGACAGAUGAAAUAAAAAGACCAGUUGAAUGUUGCCACUAUGUGUGCUCAUGUGACUGAUCUGGGCUCUUCCAUAGGACAUGGGAUCUCUCUUCCUCCUACCGACUUGCCGUUGUCACCCUGUUGCCAUGUUUUCACCAUGAGAGGAUCUGUCACAUGCUUGACCUCUGUGCCCUCAUACUGGCGCUACCGUUGUGCCGCAUGAGCGCUCCCUCUCCUCCGGCAGUUACUGCACGGAAUGGCCUCUCUGGACCUGCCAUACCGCUGUCCUCGCUGCGGGGAGCACAAGCGCUUCCGAAGCCUGUCGUCCUUACGUGCCCACCUGGAGUACAACCACACGUACGAGACCCUCUACGUUCUCUCCAAAUCCAACAGUGUAUGUGACGCUGCUGCUCUGCUGCCGCUAGUGGCUGAGGGAGCUAUCCUCGCACCUGCCAACAACAACGACCCAUUUGAGCCCCUGCGGCCGUCAGCUUUAAAGGAGCGGCACUUCCCUUGUCGGGAGCUUCCUUGUGCGGACGACUUGAGUUUGACCCCGGCUAACUCCAACACUGCUGCCCGGUAUAUUCCCAAUGUGGAGUUUCCCCUGGGGGAGAUUUUUAUGAAAAAAGCCAUGACAUCCGCAGACCCGGGUCCCCAUGGAAACCCCAGCACAGCUGUAGCAGUGGCAGCUAAUGUAGCGGCGAGUGCAGUAGAGGCGGCCUACGAAGAGGGCCUGGCCAGGCUGAAGGCUAGGGCGUUUGAACGGCUGGAGCUGGAUGAAAGGCUGGAGAAGCUGUCUGAAGAGGUGGAGCAGAAAAUAGCGGCCCGUGUCGGUCGUCUUCAGUCAGAGCUGGAGAGGAAGAGCUCGGAGCUGGAGCGGGCCAAGCUGGAGAGCGAACGGCUGAGCCAGGAGAAGCAAGACCUGGAGGACAAGGCCUCGGAGCUCUCUCGGCAGGUGGACGUCUCUGUGGAAAUGCUAGCCAACCUCAAACAGGAUCUAGUGAACAAGGAGCAGGAGCUCAAUCACAAACAACAGGAAGUCGCCCAGAUUGAUCAGUUCCUUCAGGAGACGGCGGCACGUGAAGCCAAUGCCAAGGUGCGGCUACAGCAGUUCAUCGAGGAGCUGCUGGACCGAGCAGACCGCGCGGAAAAACAGCUGCAGAUCAUCAGCAGCUGUGGCACCACGCCGAACGGCAGCCUGGGGCGCUGCAGCCUGCAGGCCUCCAAGGGCAAUGGACGCCAGAGAAACUCCAGCAACUCUGGGAGCACAAGAGGCAUGUACCAAGUGUCAGAACGACGUUCGUCCCCCAGCACAGGAGCAUCAGGGCGGAUCAAGUCUGUCUCACAGGGCUCUGGAGGUUACGACAGUGACAGCGUGGAGAUGCAUCCCAUGGAGGACUGUCCCGAGGCUCAGUUCUAUCAAAUGCAGUGCCGGCUGGGUGAGGGGGGUUAUGAGCGCUCCCCUGGGUGUGGCGGUGGUGGAUCGCGGAACUGGGGUCUUCGUAAACAGGCUAUCCAGAACUGGCAGCGGCGACCUUACAGGAACAGCACUGAAGGCGAGGAAGGAGACGUAUCAGACGUGGGCUCCAGGACCACCGAGUCUGAGGUGGAGAUGUGGGAACAAGAGAGGAGAGCUGUGGCGGAAGUCCAGCAGUCUGCCCCUCCAUAUUCUCACCACGGCAGGGCAGGAUAUCGCCCUAACACAGGUCGGUCUGAUGGAGUCUACAACAAGCCAUGCCGCCAUGAAAAGAGCCCGUCUAAAUCCAACGAGGUGAUCAGUCCAGAAAUCCUGAAGAUGCGUGCAGCUCUCUUCUGUAUCUUCACCUACCUGGAUACUAAAACCCUGCUGAGAGCCGCUGAGGUCUGCCGUGACUGGAAGUUUGUGGCUCGUCACCCAGCUGUAUGGACCAGAGUGCUGCUAGAGAACGCUCGCAUUUCCUCCAAGUUCCUGAGCACAUUGUCUCAGUGGUGCACUCAGACGCAUUCCCUCAUCCUGCAAAACCUCAAACCAAGACAGCGGGGCAAGAAGGAAACCAAGGAUGAGUACCUUAAAACCACACGUGGCUGUCUGGAGGAAGGUCUGGAGGCGUUGUUAAAGGCCACAGGAAGUAACCUGCUGAUACUGAAGAUUUCACACUGCCCCAACCUGCUGACCGAUCGCUCCCUCUGGCUGGCCAGCUGCUAUUGCCGAGCUCUGCAGGCUGUGACCUACAGAAGUGCCACAGAUCCAGUUGGCCAGGAGGUGAUCUGGGCCCUCGGAGCAGGUUGUAGAGACAUCAUCUCCCUACAGGUGGCGCCGCUACACCCAUGCCAACAACCUGCCCGUUUCAGUAACCGAUGCCUGCAGACGAUCGGAAGAUGUUGGCCGCACCUCCGUGCUCUUGGUGUGGGCGGGGCUGGAUGUGGCAUUCAGGGGCUGGCCUCUCUCUCGAGGAACUGCAUGCGCCUGCAGGUGCUGGAGUUGGAUCAUGUGAGUGAGAUCAACCAGGAGGUGGCAGCAGAGGUUUGCAGAGAGGGCUUGAAAGGUCUGGAGAUGCUGGUGCUCACCUCCACACCAGUCACCCCCAAAGCCCUGCUCCACUUCAACAGUGUUUGCCGCAACCUGAAGUCUGUCGUGGUUCAGAUUGGUAUAGAAGACUACUUUGAGGACCCCAACAGCCCUGAAGCUAGAAAACUGUUUGAUGAGAUGGUUAACAAGCUUCAGGCUCUGAAGAAGAGACCCGGCUUCUCCAAAAUCCUACACGUAAAAGCAGACAGUCUCUGCUAACAUCUUUUGUGCAGAUUUUUCAAGUCUUGUAGAGGGGCCAUCUUGGCUCCAGUCAAUCAAAAAGACCCAGCUGUUUUGAGCCUGCUCCACUGGGUUUGAAUACGUCUGCAGAAACAACAGAUGAUCGCCACGGUGAACCAGGACCAAGGCUCAAUGUGCAUACUCCACAAGUACAAACAUCAAACAGAAAAAAAACUCAUUCACUAUUCCAGUAAGGGGAAAUCAAUAUCGCCUUCGUGUUUCAUUAUGAUUGAAAAUGGUCGGGAGGCUUGUUUGGACAAACAAUGGCAGUAUAUAUAUACAUAUAUACCGGUAUAUAUACAUAUAACAAGAAAGGCCUGUUUUAAAGCUUACAAACUCAAAUAAGACAACAAAACUGUCAGAUUCCUCUUCCUCGUUUUCUGCUUUCACCGUACAAAUGGAUUGUGUCGUCGUACAGAGCCAAAUUCCUUUCUUGAAACGCCUGGAGCCAGGUGACAGCACUGUAUUUAACUGUCUGCAUCUCCACAAUGCUUGACAUAUACUCAAGACUACCUUCAACACCAACAGCUCGUGGGCAGGAACACAUUAUAAAGAGUGCAUACUUUCCACAGGAAGUACAUGGAAUUGUGGCAGGAGUAAGAAAGUACAGAUAAAUUGAUUUCUCCAAGCGAUCUUGAGUUCUUAAGAGUCUCGAGAAAGGAGCUUUAUGUUUGUGUGUGUGUGUGUGUGUGUGUGUGUGUGUGUGUGUCGAGGAUUCAAUAAAUGGUUUAACAGCUUAUCUGCCCCGCACUGCACUGUGUGUUGAAACUGUACAACUUUCAACACGUUCUGCUUUCACCCAGGACAGAAACAUGCUGCACCAGCUCCAGGCACAGUGGAGAAGCAAGGACAGCCUCGCUGUAACACACAGACCUUGACAUUCUUCUUAGCCAAUUGCAUGGCAGCGAUGCAUUUACCCUCUUCUACCAUCUUCUCUGCUUCCCGUAUGUGAACAGCGUCAUAUCACAAACCUGGACUCAGUGUUUCUUUGAUAGUUGUAUUUCUCUCAAAAACUGGUGCCAUUUGUAACAGUGUGUGUCCUCAUUCCAGUGAGCGUUUUCUCCAAUGUGCCAUUAAUGAGGGAAGAGGGACCAUGUACAGUAAGGCAGAUGUUUAACCUCUUCAAUCAAAUGUAACUUGUUGGAAUUUGAUUUGAGUCUAAGCAGCUCUUACUGACCAUAAGGGUGUUGUGUUUCAUAUGGAACAUGGUUUCCAGGUGUAUACAGGUGUUUAGGUGUUUAUAUAUGAUGUGACUUUCAUACUUUACCAUACUAAUAACAGUGCCAUUCCUAUUAAUAGUGCUCAUCAUGGCCGAGGCCCUUAUCAAUCCUGAUUUAUAUUUUUUAUCUGACAUCCUCUGGCUCCCUCUGCUGGUUUUACACAAGGAUUUACACAGCCAACAGCCAGCUGGUGUGAUAUGUACUCUUUGCAGCAAGGAACAUGUAUCACCAUUACUAUUUUGCAGAACUCACAGUCCUUAGUAUCACCUUCAAAUUAGGGAUUUGAUUUGAUUCAAUCCAUGGCUACAAUUAAGUUAAGCCUACAUUGCAGAAAUUCUCAAGAAGUAUGGGUAGCAAUACUUACAGUCGUGUACACUCCUCUGCUGCAGAUAACUUAAAGGGAGUGUUCCAACUAUUUUACACAUCAAGAUUAGUUUAUUAUUCACAAGGAGUACUACUCAGUCUGUAAAAAACAGUUGUAUAAUGUCUUCGAGCUCUGGAGGAGUCAAGUCUGAGAAAAUAACCCUCAUAACGCUUAUCUCGGCUUGGAAACUACAAAUUUAUAGCACAGAAAGCUGCAUUACAAGCUGGGUGGGGGGGGCAUGAAGGUUGAAAAAUGUAAAAAGAUGCGUUUACAAGGCAUAGAGGGUCCAAAGAAAAGACUAUUUAUGGGAAUUUUUGGAGCUCGACUAGGGACCAAAAGUCAGGAUUUUUCUGACUUUGCUGCAUUGUUUUAUUUUCUCUUCCGAGUCCACAAACAUUAUAAAAGUGCAAUACUAAAUCACUGGAGCUCCUAUUAGCCACCUAAUAUCACUUCACUUUAAAGAAAUUGUGCACACAGUUUUGAAACAGGUUGUAAAAUGAUUUACACAUCUGGUGGAACAUCACGUCUCUUUCCUUGCGACACGUUUACCGCAGGUUGCUUAACAAAUUUUUCAUUUAACCUUGCACACCACAUUUGUCUUUACAACACACGUUUGUGAGCGGAGUGUGCAACAGAGCACAGUGACAGUUUCCAGGAAGGCUGAGCAGGCGCCUGUCCCAGGGGGCUCUUAAAAAUUCAAAAAGUCACUGACGAGGAGAGCUGUGAGCUGAUGUUUUUGGGGGUUCUCUGCUUUAUUGUCAAAAAAUGUUUGUGAGGACUAGUGUAGCUGCCUAUUGUAGUAAUGAUGUUCCAGGUGAAUGUGUGAGAACGGUUGUCGGUGUCCAUUCCUUCGUGUUCUUCCAGUACUGCAUAUUAUUAUCCUACACUGGUACUGAUUCGGUCGAGGGAAGUCGGUUUGUGGGAAAGGUGUAAAAACUUGGCUGACACAAUAGAGAAAACACAAAGCACUUGUUUAUUUUAAGUUUUAGACAAUCCUGCCUUCGCUAUCAGCUACUCUGUACAUAAUGUUUGUAAAAAAAAAAAAAAACAAGAAGAAAAAAAGGACCAACAUUUGAUGUUAUAUAAUAUUAAGGUCAUACUUAUGAGUGGAAAAAGUUGAAGUUUACAGGUCUUCAUUCUGUAAGCUUUUUUCCCCAAAGUUGAAUGAAAGAUAAACAUAGAGAAUUAUAUUAUGUAUACUAGUAGUGUUGAAAUGCAGUUGUGUAUUAGAUACUUUAUAUUAAAUGUGCAUCAGAGUCAUAUAGAGAUGGAAAUUAUAUAAGAGGAUAAAGAUGAUAAUUCAGCUAUUUAUUUCUAUAAAAAAGAGCGAUGUGUAUAAUGUUGGCAUGUUUGUGUUCAAGCAUCAAUCAUUAAGUUGCCUUCUUAACUGUUCUGCUACUGUGAAAAGAAAAUUAUUAGAUGUUUAAAGAGCUUUGAUUGCCUGCAGGUUAAUAACGUUUCUCUUUAUUUGAUCCAGUCUGUUGUUGCACUAGUGAGAAAAAAAAAAGAUAUUUCAGAUGUUUAUUAUAAGAGUGUUGUUUUUAAUGUUCAGCUAUUUCUCAGUAUUUGACAAAAUAUGAUGCACUUUUUUUCCUGAACACUUUUAUCGGCCCGUCGGUCAUUGGUUUAGUCAGAAACGACGCUGGUUUCUGUCAGCGGGAUGCCUGGCGGCGCCUGCUGUUGUGGUAUGAAAUCGAUCGGUUUCAUGGGAGGAAGAUUUUGGAAAUACAGCGAUUACAUAUAAACUUGACUGAACAGAAAUACAGUUUCUCUUACACCAUCUCUCAUAUCUCAUCAUUUGGGAAGUUAAAGAUUGAAACUGAUUCAACUACAUUCAAGUGCUUUUUCGGUUUCAUUGCCAAUAUGACCUUAUGCUCACCUUUGUAUUUGUUACAGCUGUUUUGCAUUAUACUGUAGAUUUCACACUCAUACAUUUGCUCCAUCGUGAAAAUGGACCUGCUAAACAUGUAAACUGCAGAUUAGAGGUGCCAAGAAUAAUUUUUGGCUUACAUCUCCAUUCUCUGCCUCUCCAAAUAUAAAGCAGAAUCAUUUCUAAUCUAUUUAUUUUGAUUCAGAAACGGAAGCAUCACUUAUAAACCAAGGUGCUUCCUCAUGUUUAUUUCAUCAUUUAAUAAUUCAAAUCAAGUCGUAUUCCUCUUCUGUUGCAGUUCCAUAUCAUGUAUCAUACUGUGCAAUUUAAAAAACAGUGUCUGAGUGCUCAUGUACCUCUCUGUACAUAUCUUAUGUAUGAAUGAUUGUACUCUGCCCAUUCAUCUGAAUAGUAUUUUACACAUUACCUCAACACUUAUCUGGGCAAUUAAGUGUACAGUUUGUCUUUGUAAUCUUUUUUCAUUUCUGACUGUCAUAGACAGGUAUGCCAAUUGACCCAUGAACUUCAUCCAUGUUGCUAUAACGACAAAAUAGAUUCUGUCGCUAAAAAAAUAAAACGUUCCCAAAAGAUAAUCAGCCUUCUGCAAUGACUGCAAUAGAUGGAAAUGUUUUACUACUCAUUUUCACUAAUUUGUUGUCAUCAAUAAAAAAUGCUUUAAAUUGUA